UUAAAAUUAAAUGGGAACAAUAAAAAAAAAAUAACCUAGAUAACCCUGAAAAUCUUGAAAAAGUAAAUAAUUUUACAGAUCUUAUCAGCGGUCAAUAGGGUCAAUAUUACUAUUAUGAGUAUACGAAUCACUCACUGACUGAUUCACAGAAUUCAGACUGUAGCUACAGUCGUAGCUAACGUAUAAGUCGCGGAAUAAAAUUUUUGCGUGAUUUGUAUUUUUUAAACAGAGCUUACCGUAUUGAGCACUGUAAAUAAUACAUCAUUUACUAUAUUUCAAUAUUUUAUUCAUUCUUUUCAGUAAUAUUUAUAUAAUACUUAAUAUAUAUUUACUUUAAAAUAUUGUCUACUGCAGAAGAAAAAAUAUGGCGUCCGAAAAUAGCACUGUUGAUACCGCUUAUACCAAAUUUUACACGCGGGAAGAAGUCGCUAAGCAUAAUGAUAGUAAAGAUCUGUGGUUUAUUAUUCACAAUAAAGUUUACAAUGUGACACAAUUUAUAAGUCAUCCUGGUGGAGAAGAAGUUCUUUUGGAACAAGGUGGUCAAGAUUGUACAGAAGCCUUUGAAGAUAUUGGUCAUUCAAGCGAUGCAAGAGAAUUAAUGGAGAUAUUCAAAAUUGGAGAAUUAGUAGAAGAGGAAAGAACACAGGGAAGCAAUGAUGUAACUGAUGUGUCUGAUGUAGAUAAUUCUAGUGGUUCUUGGCGAUCGUGGCUGAUUCCAAUUGCUCUUGGGAUACUGGCGACUCUUGUCCAUCGCUACUUUAAUAAAGCACACUGAAUCAUUCCUGAUAUUUAUUUUUUUGUAAUUUGUAUCAUACAUAAACAAAUGUUAUAAAUAAUUAAUCAAAGAAUACUCUGUAUAUUGCACAUAACUGCAGUCUUAUUUUAUGGCAUGAAAUUGCACACACAAGCUGGCCUAGCAUAAAAACAUUUAUAAAACAAAAUUUCAUUUGUUAUAUUUAAACUAAAAUAUAUAUAAACACGCGCGCGCGCGUUUCAUACACAUGUAAUAAUACGAAUUAUAUUAACUGCAAGUACAAAAAUAAAAUAAUUUUAUUUACGUACUGGUACAGAAGUUCCUCUGAAACAAAGGAACAAGAGUUGGCUCUAAAUCAAUAUCUUAAAAACGCAUCGAGUGCAAUUACCAUUCUGAUUGUACAUAUAAAGAUAUUUACACUUAGUUAAAGAAUAUAUGAACAAAUUAAGAAUUAUUUAAAAAAAUAUAUUUAAACAAUAUUUAGAAGAAUUCUUAAAGUUGCAUUUGUCAAAAACAUAUUUAAAAUUAGUUUACAUGUAUAAUCGACAAUGCAAAAUUUUGUAAUAUUAUGAGAAUGAAAUUGUUAAGUUUUCUAUUGUAAAAUUAUAUAUAUUAUAAAAUAUGUUCUGUUAUAUUUCCAAUAUUGUAUUUAAUAAUCCAUUAUCUCAAAUAUAUAUAUAUAUAUAUAUAUAUAAUUAUAUAUAUAUAUAUAUAUAUAUAUAUAUAUAUAUAUAUAUUCUCAUUAAAAUUGCUAGAAUAUAAUAAAGGCAUGAUUUUUAUACUAUAAUUACUAUAAUUUGUUAAAACACAAAUAUGGUGUUCAGUUGUAACGUAGAGUUACUUAGUCAAUAAUAUUGAAAUUUACAGUCUCGUUAUUAAUACUCAUAACAUUAUUUCACACAUUUACCUAUGAUCAGUAUUAUUCUUAUAAUUGCAUAAAAAGUGAAGGUGUACUUUAAACAUA